GGGUUGUCUUAGAUGGAGAAUUUGAGCUCUACUAAAAGCAGCUGAACUCAACAAACACUUUUUUGACUAAACAACACACACCAACAACAACAAUAUGUGUACUCCCAAACAUCCGUCUUUCUACACUCAUCUCGUCAUCACCUUCCUCCUUCUCGCCGCCAUCCCCACCGGAAUCUCAAUCGGCGUGAACUACGGCACCCUCGGCGACAACCUACCGCCACCCUCACAAGUAGCUCACUUUCUCAAAACCCAAACAACCAUCGACAGAGUCAAAAUCUUCGACGUGAACACAACAAUCAUCAAAGCAUUCGCCAACACCGGAAUCUUGGUCUCCGUCACCGUCCCUAACGGCGACAUCCCAUCACUCACAGACCAACGCAACGCCCGGCGUUGGAUCGAUACAAAUAUCAAACCAUACUAUCCAGCCACCAAGAUCCAUUACAUAUGUGUUGGAACCGAGGUGCUUCAUUGGGGCCCACAGACCUUGAUAGAUAACCUUGUACCUGCUAUGAAAGUGCUUCAUGCUGCUCUUGUGAAACAAGGAUUUGAUGAGAUUAAGAUUUCGAGUCCGCAUUCUUUGGGGAUUCUUUUGGCUUCGGAUCCUCCGAGUAGUGCCUCGUUUCGACCCGGUUGGGAUGUGGGUAGUUUGAGUCCGAUGCUUGAGUUUUUGAAGCAAACCAAAUCCGGGUUUAUGGUUAAUCCGUACACCUAUUUUGGGUGGUCUCCUGGUAACUCUAAUUUUUGUCUGUUUAAGCCUAAUCCUGGAUUGUUUGAUAAAGCUACCGGAAUCACGUACACAAACCAGUUUGAUCAGCUAAUGGACGCCGUACACGUGUCAAUGAAAAAACUGGGCUACCCAGAUGUAGAAAUCGUGGUGGCGGAAACAGGGUGGCCAUCCGGCGGUGAUCCGGCAAACGUCCACGCUAAUCCUACAAAUGCGGCAGCUUAUAUUGGUGGGUUAAUGAAGAAAGUUAGCUCCGGUGACGGAACGCCGUUAAUGCCUGGACGAAAAUUUGAAACGUAUAUUUUUGCUUUGUUCAAUGAGAAUCUGAAAGGGCCGUCAUUGGACGAAAAGAAUUUCGGGUUAUUCCGACCCGAUUUUACUCAAGUCUACAAUGUCGGCAUUAUGCACGCGCCGCUGGCUCCUUCUCCAUCACCAAUGGCUGUUACCGCGGACGGACCAUCGUCCUCUGCCGACGCACCAUCAUCUUCGUCGGGUCCUUGGGACGAUGCUCCUUUUUUUAACAGAACUACACCUUUUAUGGGCUCACCAGGGAAAGCUCCACCGGCUUCUUCUACAAAUGCCGGUCCUAACAUUGCAAAUGCCAAUGUUCGUGAUUCAUCUCUAGCUACCACCAGUAUGAGCUUGAUUUUUGCUGCUAGGUUCGCUGCGGUAGUCAUUUUACUAGCUAUGACUUUGUUGGUGUAGAUUAUUAUACUAUUAUUCAUACCCGAUAUAUAUAUUACUUUGGCCUAUUGGGAUGUUAUUGCGGCUUGUUAGUUAGAUUAUUAUUACAAAACAUUAGUUAGAGAUGUAUUCUUAGUAAUUUUAUUUUUAGACUUGUUAUUCUAAACAAUUAAUACAUCCAUCUUUAUUUA